CUCGACAUUUAUAAAUCGAAUCACACGUAUUCGUGUCGUUCUGUCGAUGAAUCGAUUAAAAAAAUACCAGUCGUAAUUCCGACUUUUGUCGGUCCGACGUGACGAUGUAACAUUGAAAUCGGUAUCGAUAACGCUCGGCUUGCGAGGGCGGCGUGUGGUGGUCACCCCGGGCGUAGUGGGUGGUUGAGCGGACGGGAGAGAACGCGGCGUCGUGACGCGUCGCGGUGGUCGAGGAGGGCGCGGAACAGCUCGGCGCACGUCAGAGAGCGUAAGACGAGAAACAUCGUAAUACGCGUGUACGAUGGCCGUGCGUGAAGCGGCGGAACGUAGCAGCAGCGACUGGGCCGACCGAGUCGCAACCACCAAAUACAUCGGUUGAUCGAUCGUUGAAGAGGACACUGUGAGGAACUGUGCCGACCAGCUGUGCGACUUUUCACGCUCAAAUCGAUAAUUCGCAGAACGUGGCGAUAAGAAACUCCUCUGCGAAAAAGGGUGCCUCGAUUGAGCGAAACGGUGCGUUCAUAGCCCUCCUUCUUUUCCGGUUUCGCAAAAUAUACGUACGCUGGGGUGGUAAAAGCUCGCAGGAGCGAACGCACCACCCUUCUCGUCAGCGCUGUAUCCGGCGCACCGACGUAUACACUCUCGGUCUUCCGGCUGGAGCGAAACGAGCGACCACGGUGGAUUCACGAUGUGCAGCGAGAAAAGGUUACAGACAAUGAGAUGCGGACCGUGUAAUCUGACGCGUCGCAGGAGAUGGCCUCUGCGACUGGGACUCUUCCUGAUCUACGUUUUUGUGCAAUACGUCGCCUCAACGAAGAUAUCGUCCGAGACGAUAGUGCUUCCUUCAAGCUCCAUGACCCAUACGAAGUACGAAGAUGAUCGGACGUUGGAGCCAACAGAAUCUUGGAGCGGCUCUACCGAAGAGAUCACGGAAGAAACGACAACGGCCUCGACAGUCGCGGAAAAGCCCGAAAAAGAAAUUCCUGUGGAGAGACCUAAAGGUGAAGCGUCGCCGAAGGAGCAAGGCGUACGAGAUUUGUCGAAAGAGACUACGAUGCUACCGAAGGAAGAAACAGAGCUGCCUCUGCUAAAGCAUGGCCGUGACAUCAUUACCACAGUUACUCCAGCUAUCCAAGCCACGACGAAGUACCCAUAUCCGACGGUGAGACCACGAAGAGACAACUGUUCGGCGCCCGCGAUAGAACAGUUCCCGCAACCCUUAAUGGGUCCCGAGGCUAGAAAACACGGUGGACUCAUAAUACAUAUUGUAGUUGCUAUCUACACAUUCUUGGGUCUCGCCAUCGUCUGCGACGACUACUUUGUCUCGAGUCUAGACAGAAUUUGUGAAGAAUUGAGAUUGUCUCCCGAUGUCGCCGGAGCCACCUUCAUGGCGGCCGGCUCUUCUGCGCCUGAGCUGGCGACGGUGAUCAUCGGCGUAUUUUUUGCCAAGGAUGACAUCGGAGUGAGCGGCGUUAUCGGUAGCGCUGUUUUUAAUAUAAUGUUUGUUAUAUCGAUUUGCGGACUGUGUUCCGCGACAGCCGCUAAAUUAAAUUGGUGGCCCCUUUGCCGAGACUGUUUCUUCUAUGCCAUUUCAAUUCUCGUGAUGCUCGGUACGAUCUACAACGAGUCCAUCUCCUGGCCUGAAUCUCUGUUUAUGUUAAUAAUGUACGCGGUGUACUGCGUGGCGCUCUCCUUCAACGCUAAAUUGGAACGUUGGGCGAAGUCUUACAAUAUUCCGUUUCUGCCGAAGGACGACGAACCAGCCGAAGAGAGCGCCCUGGUGAGUUACAGGUCUUUGCAGGAAGACCGGUUAUCCUACACAGGUCCGAAUUCACCGGUCACCGAGCAAGUGAAGAAUCAAGAAGGGAGCGGAGUUCAGGAAACGGCUGAGCAACCGGCACCACCGAAACAGCCUGAGUAUUACAAAGCGAAGGAGCCCGAUCCGAACGAAGUGUCGCCCCUCGUGAUGCCGACGGACGGUAACAAGUGGACUUUAUUCACCUGGGGCCUCGUACUUCCCAUUCAUUUUAUGUGCCGUGCGACGAUGCCGGAUUGCCGGCAAGAGAAAUGGCGAAGCUGGUAUCCCUUCACCUUCUGCAUAUCGAUGAUCUGGAUCAGCUUUUACAGCUACAUAAUGGUGUGGAUGAUUACGAUUAUAGGGAGUACUCUGGGCAUUCCCGAUACCGUGAUGGGGUUGACCUUCGUUGCCGCCGGUGUGAGCGUGCCGGAUGCUCUUUCCUCGUUAGCAGUGAUAAAAGAGGGCCUCGGCGAUAUGGCGGUCAGCAAUGCCGUAGGCAGUAACGUUUUCGACAUCUUAGUGUGUCUCGGCCUCCCGUGGUUCAUACAAACAGCCAUGAUACAGCCCGGUUCGCAUGUCAACGUCACCAGCAGAGGUUUGACGUAUUCCACUGUUUCUUUACUAUCGACGGUAAUAUUCCUAGUACUGGCGACGCAUCUGAACGGCUGGAAAUUGGACCGACGGUACGGGGUGGUCUUGAUGCUCUGGUACUUGAUAUUCAUCGUGUUUGCGUCGCUCUAUGAGCUCAAUGUCUUCGGUCAGAUGAAUCCCCCAGUAUGCCCCAGCGAAUUCUAAUACGACUCCAUCUGUUUCCGACCUUUGCUUUGCUCAAACGCGGAACGAUCGGAGCACGAUUCCGGAACACGAGAAUCGUCCCGCCCGAUUGGAUCGCGAACGAUGACGCGCAAUUGUAAAUCGUCAUAAACUUUGUUCGAUCGUCCCCUUUUCCUUUUUACUCGAUAAUAAAGACGUAAAAUCUAGAAGCUAGCUGCAUGUCAAAACGAUUUUAGCUUGCUAUGGAAUUGAUCGACCACCGUUUGAAGCUUUAGGUAAGGAGCUUUCUUUCUUCCCGGUUUGUCGAUAAAAUCCAGACAGUGCUCGCGCGUGAGUACACAGGCAUUGUACCCAAUUGGUGCUAACAAAAGAGACCAACGAGUAUUUUGCUUGCUUCCGUUCGAAACAUUUUCCGCAGUUGAGUCGAGAAGGUACGGGAAUGAAAGUUACGGAUUUUUUCGGGAUAAUUAAAAUCGAGAUGGAAAUUCUCGGACAGACAAUACACGACUGUCAGUAUUAAAGUGUAAUUACUAUUUAAUAUGAGAGUAUUGGCACGUAACGACAGCAAUUUGCUUAAAUAAAAGAUGAAUGUUAAAGUA